GAAGCCGCGCAGCUUUCCCGGGUAUAAUCAGCAAAUGUGGGUAAAUUUUAUAGAUAUAUAUUUUAUAACAUACGCGACAAGUCUGGUACUCUGGUCUUCUUUCUGUUCAGUCGCACGACGUCAGUCACGCGAACAGCCUCGUGUCUUCAAGUCACUUUCAGUAUCUCAAUCUCAUAUUAAUUUUUCUUUAUCAAUCUUUUUUUUUUUUUUUUUUUUCUUAUAUUAUUUAUUUAUUUAUUUUUUUAAAUUUCUCACCUGGUAUUUUUAAAUUUUAGCUAUUUUUUAUUUAAAUUUUUUCAAAAUUCAAACAGUUUUCAUGUUGAUUUAAAUUUAUUUAUCAAUAAAUAAUCUAUCGAUCACAUUUCCGGAUAAUAAUCGUAAACUUUUGUAAAUUAAAAAGAAAAAAAAGAAAAAGCGAAAAUAAUUUUUUAAAAUAAUUUAUAAUAAACCAAGUGUUUAUAAAAAGUAAAUUAAAAAAUAAAAGUGAUGAUGAAUGGAUCAAGUAAAUUUGUGGAAGAAGAAAAUAAUGUAUUGGUGGUAAAAAAACCAGGACCAUUAAGAACAUGGAAUGAAAAUGCUGCUGAAAGUGAUUUAGAAGUACCUGGUACACCAAGAACUCCAAGAACAUCAAAAACCCCAGGACAUGAAAAAUGUACAUUUCAUCAUGAUUUAGAGCUUGAUCAUCGACCACCAACAAGAGAAGCAUUACUACCAGAAAUGUCAAGAAGUUAUAGAUUACUUCUUAGUUCACUUGGUGAAGAUCCAAAUAGACAGGGACUUCUUAAAACUCCAGAAAGAGCUGCUAAAGCAAUGCUUUUUUUUACAAAAGGCUAUGAUCAAUGUAUUGAAGAUGUACUUAAUGAUGCUGUAUUUGAUGAAGAUCAUGAUGAAAUGGUGGUUGUUAAAGAUAUUGAAAUGUUUUCAAUGUGUGAACAUCAUCUUGUUCCAUUUUAUGGAAAAGUAUCAAUUGGAUAUUUACCCUGCAAAAAGAUACUUGGUUUAAGUAAACUUGCAAGAAUUGUCGAAAUAUUUAGUAGACGUCUUCAAGUCCAAGAACGUUUAACAAAACAAAUUGCAAUUGCUGUUACAAAAGCUGUACAACCAGCUGGUGUUGCUGUUGUUGUUGAGGGAGUGCACAUGUGUAUGGUGAUGCGUGGGGUCCAAAAGAUCAACAGUAAAACAGUCACAUCGACAAUGCUUGGUGUCUUUCGUGAUGAUCCCAAGACCCGAGAAGAAUUUCUCAAUCUCGUUCAUAGCAAAUAAAUUUUCUCAUUUAUGAGAAAAUAAUAAAACGACAAUUUUAAUUGGAAUUAAAUGAAAUAGAUAAUGAACAAAAAAAAAACAAAAUGAUUUACCAAGAAAAACUUGAUUAAAGCUUGAUAAUAAAAAUUGAAAAGAAUAAAUAAUAGACACAACGAGAAAUAAAUAAAUAAAUGAAAUGAACUGCUUUACAUUCGUGACAUGAUGACAAUAAUUUUUCGAAAAAUCUUGUUGUGACUUUAAUGAUGAUGAUGAU